CAAUGGUCUUCAACUAGACAUACUAUAGUAAGAUAUAGAAGUUCAUUUGUUCCAAUACAGGACAAAUUUUGCAGGACUGCAAUUGUGUUGCUUCUUUAAAGUAUUAUUACUAAUUGCUCACUACAUACAUUGCUCAUAUUUACCUGUAGUUAAAUCAGUAGAUAAUAUUAUUUAUAUUUCGUGAAUAUAAAAAUUAUUUAGCCAAGAAAGAUAACAAUAAAAAAUGCGAAGAGUUGCAUUGUGUAAAAUAUUUCUUGCAGGGUUUGCAUUAACAGUAUUAAUGUAUAAAGUAACGCCUGCACAAUGUAAGGAGGACUUGACCCUAACUUUGUCAGAGAAAUUGAAAUUAGAUCAAUUCCGAGAGAGGGUCGAAGCUAAUCUCCCCCACGCUUACAUGAAGCAGGAAAUUUAUCUCAUCCGAUGGCUCCGGGCUAGGAAUUUCAAUGUCGAUGCAGCUGUGCAAAUGUUGAAUACAAAUUUGAAAUGGCGACAAACUCAGCGAAUGGACAAAAUAUCGGAGGAGGACUGGUCCGAAUUUAAUCAGAGGUACAGAUAUCACGAUCACGGAUUUGACAAGCACGGUCGACCUGUGGCUGUUUUGGGGCUUGGGAGCUGGGACGUUAGACGGGCAGCGAUCACGGGCGAGAGUGAGAAGCUGAGUCGUUACCUCGAUUUUGCCACUGACAGCGUUUGCAACAAACCGAGACACCUCCGGAACCAGAACUCGACCUCAACCGUUACGCAGGUGGACUUCAUAGUUGACCUCUCUGGAUUCAGUUUGACCCAGCAGGGCUGCCUUCCUUGUGUCCCAUUCUAUAUAGGAUUUGUUGCAAACUAUGAAAAUUAUCAUCCUAAUUGUGCUGACAAGAUCCUUCUUUUGAACACUCCUGCAGCAUUCGAAAUCAUCCUCUCAGCCGUGCGCCCAUUCUUUAGUCAGCAGACAAGAGACUCGUUGGAGGUCUAUGGAACGAAUAAAAAUAGGUGGCAGCCAAUUUUGUUGAGUUACAUAGACAAAUCUCAGCUUCCAUUCGAGUUGGGUGGAACAGAUUUCAGAUACGAUCAAGAUGACUGACCACAAAUCCACUACGUUUAUUUACAUGGUAAAAAUUUUGAGGAGUAUGAAUGUAUCUGUGUUAAUAUUUUAUUAGUACGUAAACUUUUUUGUUAAAAAACAAUAUUUUGAGAUUCAGAAAAAUUCCAGUAUCCGUGUUCAUUAUUCAGAACUAGUAGAACAGACUCCCUUUCAGUUAAUAUACAACUCUGUACUGUCAGUACAUGCUUCUAAAUAAGUAAGGUACGGUUUCAGUCUCUAAAAUAUGUAGACCUCACACAGUUACUCAAAGUCGUACGGUUGUAUGGUCAGUUUCAUAAUACACUACGGCCAUACGGCAAUGCUUACAAUUUAAUUUGUAAAUAGUUCCACUAAGAAUCAACAAAUAAAAAGUUACAUAUAUAAUUCA